AUAUCGGGCGAAAUUAUCCAAAUUGAUGCAGGCCAUUGUCGUAAACUAUGCCCACGACACGUGCUAGACGAUCCAGGAGACGCGAGUCGACCUACUGUACAGGAAUGCAGAGUUAUGGAGGCACAUAGAUGUGUGCACUGCGUGACUCAUCUGCCGCAGGAUGCACCUGGUCAAAAAACUUUUCGGUUGAUGGCCGUCUUAGUGCAUCGAGUUUACAAUAAAAAGACACGUAACCAUCGAACCGGUCGUGAAAUUGUUGAAUUCGUCGAACCUGGAAUCUUU